AUGGCUGUUAGGUGUUGUAUGGGAUUCGUUGUCGGUAAACUACUUGGUAGCAGUCGAAGGACCCUAACUGUCCGUGACGCCUUAAACCAAGCCUUAAAUGAGGAGCUCGAACGAGACGACAGCGUCUUCUUGAUUGGAGAAGAGGUUGCGCAGUACGAAGGAGCAUACAAGGUUUCGAAAGGACUCUGGAAAAAGUAUGGCGAUGAUAGGAUCAUAGACACGCCGAUUACUGAGAUGGGUUUUACAGGACUUGCCGUCGGCGCUGCAUUCGCUGGCCUUCGUCCAGUUUGUGAAUUUAUGACGUUUAACUUCUCAAUGCAGGCUAUAGACCAGAUGAUUAAUUCUGCUGCCAAGACUUAUUACAUGUCAGCAGGAAAGGUACCAUGCCCAAUCGUAUUUCGUGGUCCUAAUGGUGCAGCGGCAGGCGUCGCCGCCCAACAUUCUCAAGACUUCUCUGCAUGGUUCGCACAUUGUCCUGGAUUGAAGGUGAUUGCACCCUAUAAUUCGGAGGACGCUAAAGGAUUGUUGAAAGCUGCCAUCAGGGAUGACAAUCCAGUUGUAUUUCUGGAAAAUGAGAUACUAUAUGGACAGGCUUUUCCCGUUUCUGACGAAGUACUAAAGGAUGACUUUGUGUUGCCGAUAGGAUUGUGCAAAAUUGAAAGAGAAGGGAAUCAUAUAACGAUCGUUUCCUACUCGAAGGCACUUGAUUUGUGUCUUGAAGCUGCAAAGGAACUUGAGUCUCUUGGCGUUUCUGCUGAAGUAAUCAAUCUUCGCACUUUGCGUCCUCUUGAUGUUGAAACCAUCAAGAAUUCGGUGAUGAAAACUCAUCACUUGGUCACCGUUGAGAACGGUUGGCCAUAUGGAGGAGUUGGCGCUGAAAUUUGUGCUCAGGUGACUGAAUCUAUAGCAUGGGAUUACCUUGACGCUCCAAUUCUUCGUGUCACUGGAGUCGAUAUACCAAUGCCAUAUGCACAACAUCUAGAGGAGGAAGCCCUUCCACGCGUACCCCAUAUUGUAGCUACAUGUAAGAAGAGUCUCAACUUAAUCUAA